CUGUAGUACACGGUCGUUCGGGCGGCUGCUAUCAGUUCAGUUGCGGUUGAGGUGGCGUACGCGUUGGGCGCAUCGUGAAAAAAUAAAGUAGGAAGCUUUGAGAAAAAUUUCAGCGAAGUAAUUUGUUUUUGUAAUUUAGUUUGUUUUUAAAUGCAUUUAUAAUUUUAACGGAAUUUUUGCAAAGCAUAUGCUUAUGAAAUACAUACAUACAUAUAUUUUUCUGUGUAAAACAAACUAAAUUUGAAGAAAACCCCAUGAAGGGGGAUGAAAAAGUGAAAAUAUAGUUUACAAAGCGAGUGAAAGUAAAUAUUUAAGUGUUUGUAUGUGUGUGCUUAUGCAACUGUUUGUAUUACGACCUAGCAAAAGAGUGCAGAACUCCUGCCAAAGGAGCUUUUCUAGCAGCGAAUAAGCAAACAGCGUUCGAAAGUGAAAUGUUUUGAAAUUUAAAUUUUAACGACUCAAGGAUACGCGCCACCAGAAGACAAGCAACAGGACUAGCACCUCCCUCGCAUGAAGAAGAAGGUUGGAGCUCAUGUCGCUACUGCUCCACUUUUCGUUGUCGGCGCUGCGCAGUACGUGAAGUCUUGCCCAACUAAUAUCUUAUCAUUAAAAAAAUAAAAGAAUAAUACUAUUUUAAAACAUUAAGAUCAAUGCAGCUUGUCACUCUAGUUUUUAACAACAGUUUACGCCAAGCGCAUCUCACGUUCAAUGCAGCCCAGUUACUUCAUUUUCCAAUUUACUAAAGACUUUUAAGCGCAUCCGCAGGCAAAGCCAUAUACCACAACUUUCAAACGAUCAUGCACACAGCCAGUAGCGAGCCGCAGCAACAACAACACGAGCUAUCUUUAAAAGGUAAAGAUAAUCAACCGACAAACUCUACAGAAAUGAUCGCCGGGAGUCAAACCGAAGUGAGCGCAACCAAACCCGGCGUACGCUUUGGUAUCUCGCGAAGCCAGGAAGAGGAUACGAGUCCGUCGCUACUUGAAGUUGAGACGCCACCGCAUUAUGGACGCGUUUCACCACUACUUUCCACUAGUCUUCGCAGUUAUGGCGUGGGUCCUGCUGCUGCUGAUAGCGCAAGUAGUAAAAAUAACAUAAAUAACAUACCCCGAGCAGCUAAUCUGCGUUUGAAAUUUCGCAAAAGUCAUACAUGUGGCAGCCUCUUUGCCAAUUGUAAUUGUAGUAGUCCACCAGCGGUCACAGUGCCGGCACAAGCCGGUGGCUUUGGCGGUGCUACUACAGCAAAACAACUCCAAACGCAACGCGCCAGUUAUGCGGCAGCGCCUUGCAUGUUUAAUUUCUCGCUAUCUCCCACCAAUACAGACCUCUCCAGUCAAAGUGCCUCCACACAACACACAUCGAGUGGAUUUUACUCACUCUCCACGCAAACAUCGAAUGCGACGUCGGCUCAGUUGUCGCGUGACGAGAGCAUGAACGUGAGCUUCGAUUGGUGCGGUGGUGCGCGAUGCGACGGCGAGGGGCGUUCAAAUAGUCUCGAUAGCGGUGUUAGCGCUAGUGGAGGCGGCAUUGUGCAGUCAGCUACACUACCGCAUCGCAAGCACAGUCCAGUUAGCUUUCGACUCGCAAGAGUUACAGAAAACGAGCACGCAUUUGCACAACCAGCGCGCAACGCUACUGCGAAAACUUUACAAGUGCCGGGUAGUGCCGCAAAAGCAGACGCCGCUAAUUCAACAAUAACCGCAGUGAGUGGUGCGAUCUCACCCACAGCAACGCGUAAAAACGAACGUAAAGCGAAACGGUUCUUUCAGUCCUAUUCACAUCCUGACACAGAUUACGUCUUUACCGACGAGAAUAAAAAACCGUCACGUGAGUCGCUCAUACAGAUCCAUGUGCAGCACCAACAGGAACCGGUUAUAAAAACGCGUGAUGGUAAAUUAGAAUUCAAACAACCGAAACGUUCAUCCUCACCGAACAUCGGGCAAUAUCAAGUGUUAGAUGUCGCGGUGCAUCCUGACAUUUUAGUGAAAAUUUCGCCAAAACAUUCUCCUAUUACGUUAGCACGCAGCCAAAUACAAUCGCCGCAAAAUACCCCACGCUCCGCGCAGCAACGGCGUCGCCUCUUACAACGUUCCCACGAAAUCGAUUCGGGCGGUUCGACUUCGGAGUCGGAAAAAAAUUUUGAAGCACAGCAGGCGGAUAGUGCGAAGGACCUGAGUUUGCAAGAUUUUAGCAAGGAAAACAGCAAUCAAACGGUCGAGAAACCCUUUAGUCCAAGUAAGGCAAAGCCUGUUGUUGUUGACGACGCCAGUUUCGAUGCGGCGCAGAAGUAUUUCGCGGAGAGCGGUAUUCUUGGACCGAUCAACACAGCGACGCAAUUGAUAAGGAAGACUUCAAAGAUAUUGCAGGAUGCCAAUGUGCAUGAACAGAUUCGUAAAACAUCGAUGAUAUUGCGUGCCAAUGGCGGCAUUACUGGCAGCGGCACUAAUUUAAAUGCCAACAACACUAAUAAUACAACGUCAACAACAUCAGCAACACCAAAGUUACUCUCACCAUCAUCACCAAAAUCUAAAGCACUUUUAUUAGCACCCACUCUCGCUGUGGUGCCGGUGGAGAAACCAACAAAGUUUCAAACAAUCGAUGAGAACAGUUACAGUAAGCAAAACAACUGUAAUACACAAUAUAAUGUGUAUAGCAUGGAAAGACAAGCGCCAUUAGCUACUUAUAACAGUAAUAAUACAAGGAACGGCACUAACAAACCACAAUCAGCACACGCCAUGGCAACCACUUGUGGCUUCUGCCCCAACAUGACGACAAGGAGUUGUAACGUCACCGACGAUCGUGAUGUCCAAAUCAAAAGUAUGCAAGGCGAAAUCGUGUCGCUGAAGGAUGUGAUAAGAGCACGCGAUGCCGAAAUCGCGAAGCUACGGAGGGAAAUACAUAAGUUGAAGAGCGUUCUUCAACAAACAGCGAAUCCUUUGCCCAUAGCCAUCGCCGAUCUGCCACCGUCACCUACCGCGACACUCGCGCCCUCACCUAAUAAUUUCCUACUCGCCAGUCCAAAUCAAAUUUGCACAGUCUGCAAGAAGAAGUUCGAAGCGGAGGGAUCCGAUCCUAGUCCGCGACUAGGACAUUUCACGCCAGAUAAUAGCAACUCCGUCGAGUCGAGCAACAGUGACCACGUGAUACCAACGACAACAGCAACAGCAACUAACGCCGGCAACAUCACUGUAACCUGUGCACUGGCCAGCAAUGGCAAUUCACCCGCCAACAAUCAGCCAGUGGAGAUCGCCUUGGAUGCAGUUGCAGCACAAACGGCUAAGGAGGCAGCAGCGCUCAAAUUCAAUGGCGUGAAACCGAAGCUGAUGGCAGGACAGCAACAAGCGCCAGUGCUCAAGAAACAGGGUGUCUCCGGUGAGAGUUGUGAAACAUCGAUGCAGCAAUCGAUAAAUGUACCGAUACCGAAAUUUGAAAAGGACUACAGCUCCAAACAACUCAUCAAAGACGCCAUAAUGGAUAAUGAUUUUCUCAAAAAUAUCGACGCUUCUCAGGUGCGCGAGCUGGUCGAAUCGAUGUAUCCACUCGCCAUUGCCAAAGGAGAAUUUGUGAUACGCGAAGGGGAGGUGGGCGCUCAUCUCUACGUUUCGGCGGAAGGUGAAUUUGAAGUUGUCAAGGGUGGCAUUGUUUUAAGUGUAAUGGGCCCCGGUAAGGCAUUUGGGGAGCUGGCCAUUCUCUACAAUUGUACCCGUACAGCAUCGAUACGCGUGCUCUGCGACGCUCGGGUGUGGGUGCUCGAUCGUAGGGUCUUCCAACAGAUCAUGAUGCGUACCGGCAUGCAACGCAUUGAGAAUAGUGUGAAUUUCUUAAAGUCUGUGCCGUUAUUAAAGAAUCUCAGCAUGGAGGUGCUAGCGAAAAUAGCCGAUGUACUUGAAGUGGAAUUCUAUCCAGCCGGUACUUAUAUUAUUCGUCAAGGCGCAAGUGGCGACACGUUCUUCCUCAUUUCUCAAGGUAGCGUUAAAGUCACUCAGAAGUUAACGCCCACCUCCGAGGAAAAAGAGAUACGUACUUUGGAUCGUGGUGAUUACUUUGGUGAGCAGGCUCUCAUCAAUGAGGAUAAACGUACAGCGAAUAUAAUUGCAAUGGCACCGGGCGUUGAGUGCCUAACAUUGGAUCGUGACUCUUUUACGCAACUAAUUGGUGAUUUAUGCGAGUUGAAAGAAAAGAAUUAUGGUGAUGAGAAUCGUGUGUUGGCUAUGAAAUAUGCUGAGAAGUCGAAGGAGAUUUUUGGUGCUAAUGUUACACAAGAAUUCCCCGACAUGAAGCUAACUGACCUGGAAGUUGUCGCUACCCUCGGUAUUGGUGGUUUUGGCCGCGUCGAGCUUGUCAAAGCAUAUCGUGAGAAUAAAGUAGACACUUACGCAUUGAAAUGUCUAAAGAAAAAGCAUAUUGUCGAUACCAAACAGGAAGAGCAUGUCUUUAGCGAACGCACCAUUAUGCUUACUUGUAAUUCACCCUUCAUUUGUCGUCUGCAUCGCACAUUCCGUGAUGAAAAGUAUGUAUACAUGCUACUAGAGGCUUGCAUGGGCGGCGAGAUAUGGACUAUGUUGCGCGACCGUGGUUGUUUCGAUGAUAAUGCAACACAAUUCAUUAUCGGUUGCGUCUUGCAGGCAUUCGAGUAUUUGCAUGCACGUGGUAUUAUCUAUAGGGAUCUGAAGCCUGAGAAUCUAAUGUUGGAUGAGAGGGGUUAUGUGAAGUUGGUCGACUUUGGUUUCGCCAAGUAUAUCGGUAACAGUAGCAAGACAUGGACUUUCUGUGGCACACCUGAGUAUGUAGCGCCGGAAAUUAUAUUAAAUAAGGGUCACGAUCGCGCUGUAGACUAUUGGGCUUUGGGCAUACUCAUACACGAGUUGCUCAACGGCACCCCCCCGUUCACCGCCACUGAUCCUAUGAAGACGUAUAAUAUCAUACUAAAAGGCAUUGAUAUGAUUGAUUUUCCUAAGCACAUGUCCCGAUCGGCGGUGCAGUUGAUUAAGAAACUGUGUCGGGAUGUGCCCGCUGAACGCUUGGGUUACCAGAAAGGAGGAAUUCAGAAUAUUAAGAAGCAUAAAUGGUUCCUAGGCUUUGAUUGGGAUGGUCUCGAACAGCAAUUGCUCAUACCGCCAUUUGUACGCCCCAUCGCACAUCCAACAGAUACCACAUAUUUUGAUAAAUUCCCUUGCGAUCCGGAAGAGCCGCCAGAUGAGUUCUCUGGCUGGGAUGCUGACUUUUAAAAAGCAACCAAGCUUAAAAUAACACGCUCAAAAAGUGCCUUGUACCAGCUGAGCUGAUACUUUGCUCCGUUUAUUAUUAUUUUUUUUUUUUUUUUGUUAUACAGCAGCUUAUCAAUUAAUCAUAAUGUAUGUAUAUUUAACGGUUUUUAUGUUUUUUUUUUAGUGUUAUGGUUUAAAUCCUUAUGUUGCAAAACAUAUCUAUUGUCGUUUGAAACAUGUUCUAGGUAUUAAUAGUUAUAAGAACAGUCAACCCUUGCUCAGCAGAUUAGUGUAGUUUAUAGUCACAUUUAAAUUUAGCGAUAAAGCACACAUGCAUAUAUAUACAUAAAUCGACAUGAGUUUUAAUAAUGUAAUAAUAAUAACACUAAAUUAGCUUGUAACUCACUCGCACUACAUACAUAUAAUGAUAAAAACUUUGCUCAAGCAUUUUAUAUUGAAGAAAUUGCAAUGAAAUUUUGUGCCUUAUUCUAAAUAAAAAAUAAAUAAAAUAAAA